AUGGCGAUUCGGUGUUUUGAAUUCGCCGUGCAACGAGAGAGAAGGCGAAACGAGCAGGGUAAGCUUGCGAGUGCUAUGAUUAGUGUUCUUGGCAGAUUGGGGAAAGUUGAUUUGGCAAAGAAAGUGUUCGAUACAGCGGUUAAAGAGGGGUAUGGGAACACAGUCUAUGCUUAUUCGGCUUUAAUUAGUGCUUAUGCGAAGAGUGGCUUUUGUGAUGAAGCCAUUAAGGUCUUUGAAACCAUGAAAACUUGUGGUUUGAAGCCCAAUUUGGUGACCUACAAUGCGUUAAUUGAUGCUUGUGGAAAAGGGGGUGCAGAUUUCACACGGGCAUCUGUGAUUUUCGAUGAAAUGUUAAGAAAUGGGGUGCAGCCUGAUCGAAUUACGUUUAAUUCGCUUCUUGCUGUUUGUAGUGGUGCAGGUUUGUGGGAGACUGGGAGGAACUUGUUUGGUGAGAUGGUUUAUAGAGGGAUUGAUCAGGAUAUUUAUACUUACAAUACUCUUCUCGAUGCUGCUUGCAAUGGUGGGCACAUGGAUGCAGCUUUUGAUAUAAUGUCGGAGAUGAUCACGAAGAACAUAUUGCCUAAUGAGGUUGCGGAUGACACAAUUAUUUUCUGUAAAGCUGAUUGGUUUGAAGUGUUAAUUGUGAAGAGAAUACUCAGAUGCUUUGAGAUUAUUUCUGGGUUGAGAAUCAAUUUUCAUAAGAGUACUGUAUGCAGUGUAGGCAUUCCUAAUGAUAUUGUGCAAACUUUUGCUUCAAAACUGAAUUGUACCUGCCAGAAGCUCCCUUUGAAGUAUCUUGGAUUGCCACUAGGAGCCAAUCUAUCAAGAAGAGCAACUUGGAAGCCUAUGGUGGAGAAAUUUAAGAAGAAACUAACAAGUUGCCAUCGAAGUGUGGAAAAAGAGAUUGAUAAGAUUCAAGCAGCUUUCCUGUGGGGAGACUCUAAGGUCAAGAAGAAAGUCUACCUAGUGAAAUGGAAGGAUUUAAUCGAGGAUAAAAAGCAAGGAGGGUUGGGGAUUAUAGAUUUAAGAAUUGUGAACAAUAGCUUGAUUGCUAAGUGGUGGUGGAGAUUUGGGAUGGAAGAUAACUCAUUAUGGAAACAACUCAUAUGCAGUAAGUAUAAGUCAGAGGGGGGUAGAUGGUUUCCUUUUCAUGUGGAGGCAAAUAAUAUUUCAAGAUUGUGGAGUGACAUUCUAGUUGUUAAUGAAUCUAACAGCAGCCUGCUCAACCAUUAUUUGCACAAUACUGAAAUCAAGAUUGGCAAUGGUUAA